AUGGACAAUUCAUCUCACCCUCCCCAAGAACCCACCGCCACCACCGCCACCACAAUAUCAUCCAAUGACAAAAACAUUGAUAACAACACCACCGCAACCACCCCCACUACCACCACAACAAGUGACACAAACAGUAACAACAACAGCAGUGGCAGUAGCAGGAAGUGCAAAGGCAAAGGAGGACCAGACAACGGCAAAUUUAGAUACAGAGGAGUUAGGCAAAGAAGCUGGGGCAAAUGGGUAGCAGAGAUCCGUGAGCCAAGAAAACGAACCCGUAAAUGGCUUGGCACUUUUGCCACAGCAGAGGACGCAGCACGAGCCUACGAUCGAGCUGCCAUCAUCCUUUAUGGUUCUAGGGCUCAACUCAAUCUCCAACCCUCGGGUUCCUCUUCUUCUGCUCAAUCAGGACCAACUUCUCUCAACUCUGCCUCUUCCUCGAGCCAGACACUUCGCCCUUUGCUCCCACGUCCCCCUGGGUUUGUUUUCACUUUCUCUCUCUCAAAUUCAAUGGCUUCUCCUUCUGUUACGGCAGCUUCGUCAGGAUUUACGCCACCCGGGGUUAAUUAUCAUUCGAAUAAUGUUGCUGGGUCGGCCUUAUCAUGUCUUAGUACUAAUGACAUGCUAAUUCAAAAUCACCAGCAAGUUAUGUUACAACGCUAUCUUAAUCAAUACGGGGCUAAUACAAGCAACCCAAAUAAUAUAUUUGAUAGUUCUAGUGUAGCCACAUCAACUACACCCUCGUAUCAAAAUCAUAGUCACUGUCUGCCGCAGCAUCAUGCGUGCGAUGAUGUUAGUUCGUUGGUGGGUUCCGUCGGUUCGAGUUUCUCUUUGUCUGGUAGGAAUACUCAAAUUGUUGCACCGGUGGGUCAUCUUCAGGAUCCGUUAAUGCAUGUUGGAGCUGGAUCUCCAUCUGUGUGGAAUGAUGAUGAGUACCCGCCGCCUAGUAUUUGGGACGAUGAGGAUCCUUUCUUGUUUGAUUUUUGA